UUUGUUUUCUUUCCUUCAGCUAAUGCGAAUGCGAAUAACGUCAUUUCUGCAAAAGAAAAAAAAAUUGCGCACGCUCUCUCAGCUUAAUCUCUUUUUAUCUAAUGGACGAAUUCUCCGAUCCGAUAUACAGGUUAAAGAUUGGAGAUUAAACCCUAAAUUUCCACUUUCUUUUUACUGCUCCCUCUCUGUCUGAUUCAGGUAGCUCUUUUGUAUCGUAACAAACCCUAGUUUUUUUUUUGAGCUUCACAGAUUAGAGCAAAAACCCUAGAAUUUGUUUUUUUUUUUUCGAUCUGAUUUGAGACUCCCCGAUGUCAAGAAUCUGAUUAUUUGGAGUUGGGAUGUUGUAGGAUGCGAGAUUAGCGAUUCUUUGUACAUAUAUAUGGCGUUUCCAGCAUCAAAUUUUGGUGAAAAUGAUCGCGUUUCAUCGUUAGCAAUUUUGUUUAUUAGAGUUUGAGAAUCUUGAAUCGGGAUCUGUGGCGGUCUUUUAUUGUGGAUUGAGCUCGGCUUAAAAAAAUGGAUUUAGCUUGAAAUUAUAUGUACUUGUCUUUUCUUUUUCUUGAUUUCUAGCAUUUGAAUCUGAUUGGAUGCAAAUCAAAUGGAUUGUUGCUUGCUAAAAUAGCCAAAUAUAUAUGUACAUCAUUAAACUCUUCGAGGAUAGCAGCGAGGGUGCAUUAAAGAGAUAGGACUUUUGGCUCUAUAUUGGAUGGUGUGAGCAAGAGAACCACAGUGACAAUAAUCUUUGCUGAGAAAGAAGUAGUUGCUUAAAAAAUGAAUUUAGAAAAUGAAGAGCAGCAACAUGUACUGAAUCAGGAUGCGGAAGCAGCGGGAAACGAAUCACAAAAGAAGUCAAUAAUUUCAUAUACGAGAGAGUUCCUAUUAUCUUUGAGUGAAUUGGAUAUCUGCAAAAAGUUACCAAGUGGAUUUGACCAAUCCAUUCUCAGUGAAUUUGAGGAUGCUCCCCAGGAUCGAUUCAGAAGUUCUGGUGCCUUGGCAUCGCAAAAUUAUAGACGUAAUGACUAUGGUUCAUCCCCACCUACUAGAGGGGAUGUGAGUAAUUAUUCUAAGGGCAAUCAUGGCAGGUGGGAUAGUCGUUCUUCCGGAAAGAGUGACCGGGACAGUGACACACAAUCUGAUUGGGAUUCAGAUUCUGGAAGGCGUUAUGGCAACCAAUCUAGGCGACCUUGGCAAGUUCCUGAGCAUGAUGGACUUCUUGGGAGUGGCUCUUUUCCGAGACCAUCUGGAUAUGCUGCAGGGGCAUCAGCUCCAAAGUCUCGAGCUAAUGAUCAAUACCAACUUAACAGGAGUAAUGAACCAUAUCACCCGCCUCGCCCUUAUAAGGCAGUGCCUCACUCACGUAGGGACACUGAUUCAUACAAUGACGAAACAUUUGGUUCUUCUGAGUGCACAAGUGAGGAUAGAGCAGAAGAGGAAAGAAAGAGAAGAGCUUCCUUUGAACUUAUGAGGAAAGAACAGCAGAAGACUUUUCAAGAAAAACAGAAGUUGAAUCCAGAAAAGGGUAAAGGUGCCUUUGAUAUUAGUGAGUUGUUGGAGGAUCAAAAAGAUGAUAAGAGAUUUCUGGAUAGAAGGAAUGAAUCAAUUGAGCCAGCAACAAAGCCUGCUUCAAGUAAUGGUUCUGAUAAGUCUUCCUUUCCCUCACCAGCUCCUGUAUCCAGACCUCUUGUUCCCCCAGGCUUUUCAAGUACUAUAGUUGAGAAGAAUAUUGGAGUCAAAUCUAUAAGUCAUCCUCAACCAUCAGAGGUUGGCAAUGAACUUGACCACAGCAUUUUGCAUGCCAAAGGAAACCGUUUGUUUAGUGGGACUUCUAAUAAUCAAGAGGACAAACAAUCUUUGGAACCAAUGGAUUCAACAGACCAGCAGCUCGGUAGUCGGAGCAUUCAUGUUUCAGUUAGUAAACGGAAUGAAAAGGUUCCAACCUUAUCAUCAUCUUUGGAUGUUUCAAGUGAAGCAGUUGGCAUGGAUAGUCAAUAUUACAGUACUUCUAAAUUUUCAGAAACUCUCGAGGCUUCAGAGAAUAAUGAAGUAAUAGAACUUGAUCUUAAAAGUAUGACUGGGCAUAAACUUGUGGGUGGAUCCAGUCCGACUCGGUCAACCUCAAUCCUAGACAAGCUCUUUGGCAGUGCUUUGACACUGAAUGGUGUUGGCUCCUCAAAUAUCGUUGAGCAACACAAUGAGAAAGAAGAUGACAUACAAGAUCCUCAUCUGGCCCAAUCUUCUAGGUUUGCUCAAUGGUUUCUUGAAGAAGAGAAGAAACCAAUUGGUGAUCUCUCAUCUGGGAGGCCCAAUAAAUCAGUUGAAGGUCUCUCAUCCAGCAGGCCUAAUGAUUUACUAUCAUUAAUUGUUGGCGCUGAAAAAAGUGGAUUGUCUUUUGUUUCUGGUGAUGAAAAUAGUGGAUCUCAGGGUUUUGAUGUUGAAGCUACUGAGAACACUCCAUCAAGUUUUCCUCACCAAGGUUCUGGACUUGCAGAUGGGCUCAUGACCUCCAAUUUAGCGCCUGUCACUGUUGAAAAUAUUGAUAAACUAGAGGCAGCUCCAGCUGUACUUACAUGUGAAGACCUUGAACAGUCGAUUCUAUCUGAAAUUACUGAAAGUGGUCCAAUGUCACAGCCUCCUGUGCAGGGAUGGAGUGGAGAUUCUGGUGCUAAGAUGGAACAGCAGAAAGUUGAUAUUGACAAUCAUGCAUCCCAGCAACUCCUCUCACUGCUACAGAAAGGAACAGACCUUGGAAUUAUAUCUGCUGACAAACUGCAGAGUGUUGAAGUAGAGAACCAUGAUGUUGCACUUCACAGUUCCGGGGAGAUAGCUGCUGAAAACAUUACAAAUGCAGGUGGGCCUUUGACUCUUGAAACACUUUUUGGAACUGCUUUCAUGAAGGAACUGCAGUCAGUCAGAAAACCGGCUCCUGGCCAAAGAGACUCAGUUGGAUCAGUGCGGGUUGAUGUGUCAGAGUCUCUGUUUCCUAUGAUGGAUAAAGAUUUCCUUGCUUCUACCCCUGAUAUUACGUCCAGCAUGCCAAAUCAUGGCAAUAGUCUUCUAGCAUCAAACCAGAGACAACAUAUGAAAUUAGAGAGGAUGGAAGAGACAUUUUCAGGGUUUGAUCCUCAAAAUGUAGUGAAUUCAUCACAACUUCGAACUGAAUUGGGAACUAAGCUUGGCGGUGUUGAUGGGUUUGUCGGAAUUGGACUUCCUGAAGAGGAUAGCUUAAUUACAGCCAAUGAUCCCCUCAAUCUCCAGAACUUCAUGCCUGCGAGGAACUCACCUAGAACUGAGUUGUUAACCACACCAGAGACGGCGGUUGACAUUGCUGGAAAACUAGCAGCUUUAAAUUCUGUAUACCGCGAUGAAAGGCCUAUUAUAGGUGGCCAAGAGGGUCCAGGUUUUCUUCGUGGUACCUAUGAUGCGAGGGAACCUGAUGUUCAAUACCAUAAGACUCACGCCCAACCAUCUUCUCCGCUUCAUCCUCAGUUGAAUCAUCAAGGGACAAUGUUCCAUCCAUUAGAUUCUCAUCCUGCUAGUGUUAAUGCUCAGAUGAAAUUCAUGUCCCCGGAGAACAUCAUUCAUCAUGAUCCUCCUAAUCAUCAAUUUCCUGCAAAUUUGCUUCGGCCCCCUUUUCAUCACCCAAAUACUGGACUAACUGGAUUAGAUCCGAGCCCGCAUAAUCCUGUACUACAGCAAAUGCAAUCACCUGGCAAUUUUCCUCCACCCCACCUACUACGUGGGUUCCCCAGGGGUGGACCUUUGACUUCGCAUCCCAUCAAUCAGGUGACUGGUUUUAUACAGGAAGUAAACCCAAUGCAAGGAUUCCCUUUCAGUCAAAGGCAGCCUAAUCUUGGCGGCUUUGGAAUUCCACCACAAGCUCCUGAUGCUGGCGGAGGAACUCGUCCUCCAGAGGCGCUCCAAAGACUUUUUGAAAUGGAACUCAGGUCAAAAUCCAAGCCGACUCACCCUUUUGCUUCAGCUGGCCAUAGUCAGGGGAUGUAUGGUCACGAGCUAGACACGGGCUUUGGGUAUAGAUAGUAAACUUCAGCAUGGUUUGUGUAUAUGGCGAUGUAUUUGUGAUCUCAUGCGCAGUGCCACCUUGCAUUGGCAGUGAUUUUAUUGUGCUUCAGGAGGGAUUGCCUCGGGUUAAUGUAAUUAAUGGCAUUUUACUUGAAAAUGGCAAUCAGUUGGGACUUAUUAACUUUCCUUUAGCUUCACAUUUGAGAACUAACCCCAAAAAAGAGUUAAGAGGACUCUAGUGCUCUUCUUUUUGGCUGCUUGGUCAAUGAACAAAGAAGAGACAACGAGCAGUCCCGUCUGUGGAAAUCACCCCUUCGCAUGAUAUGCUUGAUGCAGUCAUUGUAACAAAUGGAGAACAGAAUCUUAAGAAAAAGUGUGAUCUGUAUGAUUUUUCUUUUUUGCUA